UCCUCCUCCACCUCCAGCGUCCCCAGCCUCUCCCCUCUCCUCUCCGCCCCUUCUCUCCCCCUCCGCCCCGGGCGUGUGCUCCUGGAUCACGGCUCCAUCCAGCGGAGCAUCCCGGUGAAGAAGCGCAGCGGGGAGACGGUGAAAAGCGAAGCGAUGGAGCUACGACAGGAGUGAGAGCCACACGCAGGACAGCGGGCACAGGCUCCAGGCCAUAACCGCUCAACUGAGGAACAGAGAAAGAGAGAGCGUGAGGACCACAGAAGAAACAUAAGGUUGUGUUUUCUGACCACAUGUCUGCACCUGCUCCAGCCAAUCGGAGGUCUGGGUCGGGCUCUCGCCGGUUUGACUACUGCAGGUUCAUAGAGCUAGACUACGUUCCCAUGGAGACAGGCUAUAUGGUCUCAAUGCGUCCGACUAAAGGCUAUCCAUCGACCAAGUCACCAAGUAAAGGAUACACCUCCACCAAGUCUCCGGACCGCCACAACCGUUCCGCAAACUCUCCCUCCACCCCUCGUUCUCGACGGACUCCGGCGACACCCAGUAAUAGAGAUCCCUAUGGCAACGCCUCCUUCAGCAGCAGCAGCAACUCAGGCUCUUGUAAAGGCAGCGACUGCAGCCCCACCAAAGGACGUCACCAGAAGUACACUUCAUGUACAGACAACCAUGGUAUUCGGCCACCUCCACCAGAGCAGUACCUCACACCCCUACAGCAGAAGGAGGUGUGUAUCCGACACCUGCGGGCCAGGCUAAAGGAAACCAUGACCACACUGCAAGACAGGGACACAGAGAUAGAUUCGCUGCGAGGGCAGCUUUACAGGAUGCAGGAGGACUGGGUUGAGGAGGAGUGUCACCGUGUAGAGGCCCAGCUGGCCCUGAAGGAGGCGCGUCAGGAGAUCCAGCAGCUCAAACAGGCUGUGGACACUGUCCGGUUGAGGCUCAGUGAUGCAGGGGGAUCCAGUGGGGACAUAGGUGUCCAGAAGUACUUCCAGGACAUUAACACUCAGAAUCACAAGCUCGAGAACCUUUUGCUCAAUAUGGAGUUAGCCCAGGCUGGAUUAGCCAAAGAGGGGGAGGUCUUCCCAGGCUGUCGAACCCGUGUUGGAGGUUCGGCACCAGCAUCAGUGUCUGGGGAGAGUCCAGGGGGAAUACCCAGAACUGCAGCAGGAGGCAGGGGGUCUUGCUCCUGCGAUGGUUCCCCAGCACGUUCUCUGACCCGGAGCUCCACCUACACUAAGCUCACUGAUCAGGCAGACCAGAACGGCAAUGGACACGACUUCCCUUGUCUGUCAGGUGACGGCACCCAGGACAGUGGCUUUGUGUGCUGUGGGGAGAGCAGCAUUCCCAGCCGGGCCGAUUUGCUGCUGGAGGCUGCGUUCCUCUCUGAGGAAACAGCAUCACUACUCAACUCCUACUCACAAGCCUUCUCCCAGUCUUUGCCCAACUAUAUUCCCAAAUCUCUGCCCAACUCUUUGCCUAACUCUUUGCCCAACUCUCUGCCCAACUCUCUGCCCAACUCUCUGCCUCACACCUUCUCCCAUACCUUACCUCAUUCUUUCCCUCGCAAUUUGUCCCACUCUGUUCCCCACACUAUGCCACACUCCUCCACCUAUGAGAAGCUGUGCCCAAGCGAACGGAUUAUGCCCUUUCGUUGUGGCCUGGGGGGAGUGGGCUGUAUGAGCCACCCCUGCCUGUCCCACCACCACCUGUACCUGCAUCCCCUUCGAGAAAUGGGCAUUCAGACUGAAAGUUGCCCCAUACCUACAGCAGGUUACCCCUCUGAUCUAGAUACCAUUGCAGAGAAACGCACUUUUCGCUCUCAGGCCUGCAGUCCUACCUCCACCUGGAUGUCUGAUGAAGGAGAGGAGGACCUGGACUCCAUCACCACCACAACUUCAGUGACCACAGCGACUAUAAUGAGUACAGCAACAGAGCCAAUCCCAGCCUCCAAAACACCAUUGGUCCCUCCUUUACCACGGUCUGCUACUGUAGCAUUCACACUGGAGAGACCUAUAUGUGGGGGGAAGGAGGGAGAGGAGGAAGAGGAAAAGCAGGAGAUGGAAAAGAGAGAGAAGGAAGUUGAUGAAACAGAAAUGCAUAAUGACACAAUAGUGAUCAAGCUGGAGGAUGAUGUGCAGCAGAGGCAGGGCGCAGUAGGAAGAACUGAGGUGGAAAGUCAAGGUGCAGUGGAGGAGGCUGAAGCAGAAAAACUGUGUGACUUAUCAGAAACAUCAUCAGGGAUGCAAGGUGAGCUUAAAUUUGCAGGAUGUUGUGGAGAGAGCAGGCAGAAUAGAACAACACAGAAAAACCUCACAGUGGAAGAAGUUGCUCUAUCAGCAGGAUCAACUCAAGUCGAGGCCGGACAGUUGAGUUCAAGUCAGUCAGAAUUAUCUGCAGGCAUAGAGACGCCACAUACCUCCCAGCCGAGGAGAACAGCUUCCCAUGAGGAGAUAGCUGGCAUCACUGUUGUGGAGGUGAACGAUGAGGAUGAAGACGAAGAUGAAACUAAAGAACAAGGCCCAGCAGAGGGCGCUGCAGCAGAGGAGGAACAAUCGUCUGACACCGGGACAAUUCAGAAAAGCUACUGGAGUCGUCACUUCCUAGUUGAUCUGCUAGCAGUGGCCAUCCCCGUGGUGCCAACAGUGGCGUGGCUGUGCCGCGGUCCAGUCCGUGACGGACAGCCCAUGUAUCAUAUAGGGUCCCUGCUGCGAGGCUGUUGCACUGUGGCACUGCACUCGCUGCGCAGGGGAGGUGGAUUGAGGCAUUACCCCGCAGGCGGGGGAGAUUUGGGUGGAUCCCAGAUAUGAGUGGAGAAAACUUUCAGCACUUCUAUGGUCCUUAAAUGUAGCCUCUCCUGUAUGGGUCUAGGUCCUUAGCUUGAUGCAAAAUACAUGUGAGGAGAGGAAGAGAAAGUUCCACUUCAUAUCAAGGGUUAAAGCUGAGGAAUGCACCAGGAGCAAGAAACAUGCAUUCAUGACUUAGACCUCUGACCUGUAACCUGCUGUGUGUGGUCCUACUCCUUAUUGUCUUUCCCACUUGUUCCUGCUGUUGCUAACAAUAUGUCUGCUAACACUACUGACUUGUGCAAAACUGAAUGAGUUCACUGAAAUGAAUGAUUAGUGCUUUGAUGUUUGACGCUGAUUGUUUUGUUUUUAAGUGCAGGGAAAAAGAUCCACUGAUCUGCCAAACUACUAAUCUGGCUCACAUUUGGCAUGUUAAAAUGAUCAUGUGUAGAUGAGUGAGAACAUGAAAUGUGGUAUGUGUGUGUACAUGAUGUAUGUAUGUGCACAUGUGUAACCAAAUGGUUUUCUUGUCUGCAGUAGACGAGCUGUGAGGAAGAGGUUAUGGAAAAUCCACCCUAAUUCAGAAUCCACACGUUUCCAGAAUGUUUUGGGUUGUCUCUUGAGUCUUAACAUCGUCCAGAUUGAUAAAAUGAAGUUUAUCAACUGUCAAAGAACAAUAGUGUAGACAAAGAGCUCAAGUGGAUUUAUAGAAACACAAUGAACACAGUAAGGCUGCCAAGUACCACAGCCAUUUUUCCGAACUCAGAAAUCCUCACAAGGUCAUUCAUUUGGUCUUGUUUAAGUGAGUUUCUCAUUCAGGGCUAAAGCCUGAGUAGUGAUGAACUACCCUUGAUAAACUGUAGCGAGUUCAUAGGAAGCUGCAGCCAGCAGGCAUUAGCUUUGCUUAGCAUGCAGACUGCAAGAAUGAAGGCAUGGCUGACCUCCGCAACUUGAGGAACCUGAACCUCAACAAGUUCAUUUUAUAGGACGUUACGUGCUGAAACUCUUUCAUGUCGAGUUAGAGUUGGUGGGACUUUGGACACAUUUGCAAACUAUAAUUCUGUACUAAAUGCUGUUCUGAGUACAUAGUCAAGACUGAGUUGGUGCUGUGACAAAAAACUAAAACUGUAUGUCAGCGCAGAUCAGGAUAAAUAAUGAGUUAAUUCAAUCUAGGAUUGAAUAACCCAUAGAAAUCAGUUGUUUGAUUUUAUUGACCAAAUGAUGAUUUGAUAGAAAGACAGAAAGCAGACAAUCACUUCCUUUUGCUUUUAUAUUUCACUUCCCCGAGGGACACGUUAAUAUUCUUUCUUUGAAAAAGAUGUUGCAACAUAAUCAAAACUUAAUGAAUGGGAGCUGGUGGCUCCACCCAGUUACUGAGUUCUGUGUGGUUCUGCACUGACAGUAUAUUAUCACAUCUCCAGAAAACAAAAGCUCAUGAUGCUUUUUCCUGUGAUGUUCUCCAUGCACAGCAUCCCUCUGAGUUUUAACUGUCAAACCCGAGCCAACAUAUAUCAAACUCCCUUAUGCAAUUAAAUAGUAUUUUGACAUUUUGGGGAAAUGUGCGUAUUUUGGCUUUCUUGCACAGAGUGAUCGAUAUCACUCCCCCAAGCUAACAGCUGGUGACAAGCUUAGCUAAAUUAAUUUUAGAUUACUUUAGCAUAAUGGCAGGAGGCAGAGAGAAUCAGCUAAUCUGGUUCAGCACUACAGCUCACUAAAGCCGAGUUCAG